UAUCCCGGUUUAUUCCGCCGGGUUGAGGACGAGGGUCUAGGAAGGAUAAGACCACACAAGUCCGAUACCUGAUUAACCGUUGAUGUCCGACUGGGAAAUGGCGGGAAGCUAUUCCCUCACUCCAACCUUGUUCAGGAGAAUUCAUUGUAUGCGAUGCUUCUCAGGCACACCAGGACCAGGCAAUGGAAACUGGAGAAGAAUUGAUACUCAACCUAAAACUCCAAAAAUUUUGAAAUUGGCCGUCACUGGUGUCACUGAGCUACUAAGAAUCUUCUCCUUCUCCACUAAAGACAGGGUAAGCUAUGAAGAGAGAGACGAGAUAUUUGUUUCAGGUAUUGAUGAUGUUAUAAUGAUCCUUAAGGCUGAUUAUGAGAAUGCUUAUUUUGUCACAGGGAUUUUUACUUCUGCAAUUUAUACUGAAGAUUGUAUCUUUGAAGACCCUACUAUUAGAUUCCGAGGUACAGAGUUAUAUUCGCGCAACUUAAAACUGUUGGUUCCUUUCUUUGACUCUCCAUCAAUUGGAUUACAAAAUAUUGAGAAGGGUAUCAAUUCAGGAACUAAUUUUGUGCAGGCAACUUGGAAGCUAAGAACCUACCUGAAAUUUCCAUGGAGGCCUUUAAUUUCCAUUGAUGGAAGCACCCUUUACGAAUUAAAUGAUGAGUUUAAAAUUAUUCGGCAUGCUGAGAGUUGGAAUGUUUCAGCAUUUGAAGCAAUUGGCCAAAUAUUUACCACUAGCUUUGGGAGACCAGAUGAUUAAUUAAUCCUUAGAAAUCUGAAGCUGCUGUGAAGUACAUAUGCAACUUAUUUAUUUCCAAUUAUUAUUAGGAUUGCCAGGGUAAAAAAUAGUUGCAUAAAACAUUACCUUAUUCCUUGUAAUUUAAUGGCCACUCACUUUUCUGGCAAAACAUGCCUAUACUUCAUGGAUGUAUGAAAGACAGAUAAGAUGGUUUUUUCCCCUUAAUUUGGAAGUGCAUGACAUGUGUUUUAGCAACGAA